GCGCCACAGCCGUCGCUUCAGCCUCGCGCCGGAGGCCGCCUCGGAAGGAGACCCGCCGGCCGCCGUGUCACUUCGGGCCUCCGUUCUCGCCUUGUCGACGUCGCCAAGGGUUCUGGAGAAGCGGCCGAGGCCGGGGAACGGGGCUUCGCGGUUCCAACGAUUAACUGCUGAAGUACUGAUCGAGUUCUGCGUUUCUUCAAUGAGGAACUACAGGCUGAUCUUCUGCCAUAAUCUCAAACAACCAUAAAUGACAGAAGGAUGCUUGCUCAGUGAGGGUAGCUGGUGCAGAAGCCGUUUUUUAAACUUAGGUGUUUAAGUACUCAAAGAAAAGACAGCUUUGAUUUCUGGCUGCAAAAAAGAUAUGAGGAAGAGCUCCUCCCCUUCCUUGAGUAACUGCAACUCCGAUCUUGCUAACAAAAUAUUUGGAAUUCCACUGGAUGAACUGCAGCAGGGAGGCCAUCCAGACAAUGAGGUUCCAUUCAUAGUCCGCCACGUUGUGGACUAUAUUGAGGAACAUGGCGGUCUGGAGCAACAAGGGCUGUUUCAAGUCAAUGGGAACGCUGAGACAGUGGAGUGGCUUCGACAGAGAUACGACAGUGGAGAAGAGGUGGAUUUGGUUAAGGAAGCGGACGUCCCCUCAGCCAUUAGUCUCCUUAGGUUUUUCCUGCAGGAGCUCCCUGAGCCCGUCAUUCCUGGCAGCUUGCAUAGUCACUUGGUGCAGCUUUCUCAAGAUUAUAAUAAUGAAGAUGAAUUUGGAAGAAAGUUGAGGUUCCUCUUGCAACAGCUUCCACCUGUUAAUUACAGUUUGUUAAAGUUUCUGUGUAGGUUUUUAGCCAAUGUAGCAUCACAUCAUGAAGAAAUUUGGUCUGCAAAUUCUUUGGCUGCUGUUUUUGGUCCAGAUGUCUUCCACAUUUACACAGAUGUGGAAGAUAUGAAAGAACAAGAAAUUGUGAGCAGGAUAAUGGCGGGACUUCUGGAAAAUUAUUAUGAGUUUUUUGAGAAUGAAGAGGAAGAUUUUUCAUCAAAUGAUCUGAGUUCAAUUACUGAGCAGGUUAAUGGACUUUCUGAGGAAGAAGAGGAGGAUGAAAAGCUGGAACAUAUAGAAGAGCUUCCAGAGGAAGGUGUCGAGAAGGCAGAUGGCAUGCCAGAGGGGUUGCAGUUGAGGAUGCCUGAGAACUCCCUGGAACCAGACAGUGUUAUAGCGUCGGCAAGGGUUGAUGCUGCUGCUGAUACUGCUAAUACCAGUGAUGAUAACAUAAAGUGUUCAAAGCCUGUGGCUGUUACUACCGCAGAUAAUGAAGUCAUGCAGCAAGAUUUUAUAUUUGAGGAUCAGGAAAAUAAUCAGUCUGCAGGUGUACUGUUAGAGCCUUGUAGUGACCACGGAGAUAGUGAAGAUGGCCGUCCCGAGAGGAAGGAAUAUUUGUUAUGUGACAGUGAUAAAUUGCCACACUUGAUUCUGGAUUCUAGUAGCAAGAUCCAUGAUUUGAAUGCCAACACUGAAUCAGAAGUAACAGACGAUCAGAGUGGUGGUGUUCAAGGAGAAGCAGCAUGUAUACAGAUCGCUCAUUUAGAUCUGAAGAAUGUUUCUGCUGGUGAUAAGUGGGAAGCAUCAUGCCUUAUCACUUUCCCCCUCAUUGAUUUCAAAACAAUGCAUCUGCAGAGAGAUGGGGAGGAGCCGUUUCCUGCAUUUAAGUCUUGGCAGGAGGACUCAGAGUCUGGAGAAGCUCAGCUGUCUCCGCAGGCUGCAAGGAUGACUCACCAUCCCCUGGGAGAGGACUGCCCUCCAGUGUUAUCACAUCGUAGUUUAGAUUUUGGACAAAGUCAGCGUUUCCUCCAUGAUCCAGAAACACUGGAUUUCUCAUCCAAGGCCCUUUCCUUCACUAGAAUUCGAAGGUCAUCCUUUAGUUCAAAAGAUGAAAAGAGAGAAGACAGAACACCGUAUCAGUUGGUCAAGAAACUUCAGAAAAAAAUCAGACAAUUUGAGGAGCAAUUUGAAAGGGAAAGAAAUAGCAAGCCCUCCUACAGUGACAUUGCAGCCAAUCCGAAGGUAUUAAAAUGGAUGACAGAGCUUACAAAGUUACGGAAGCAAAUUAAAGAUGCAAAACACAAAAACUGUGAUGGAGAAUUUGUACCUCAGACACGUCCUCGGAGUAACACUCUUCCAAAAAGUUUUGGCUCUUCUCUAGACCAUGAAGAUGAGGAGAAUGAAGGUGAGCCCAGAGUCAUUCAGAAAGAGAAGAAGCCGUCUAAGGAAGCCACUCUUGAACUUAUCACAAAACGAUUGAAGGAAAACCGUGCUGAGCGUCACCUACCUGAGGAUAUCAAGAAAAUGACAAAAGAUCAUUUGAUAGAAGAGAAAACAUCUCUGCAGAAAAGCCUGCUUUACUAUGAAAGUCAACAUGGAAGGCCGGUGACCAGGGAAGAAAGGCACAUUGUUAAGCCUCUGUAUGAUAGAUACAGACUUGUAAAACAGAUGCUGACAAGAGCUAGCAUUACUCCUGUCCUUGGAUCUCCCUCCACAAAGCGCCGUGGUCAGAUGUUACAGCCAAUCAUAGAAGGAGAAACAGCACAUUUUUUUGAAGAAAUCAAGGAAGAAGAGGAAGAUGGUGUCAGUCUGUCCUCUGAGUUAAGUGACAUCUUGAAAACAGCCAUACACACACAGUCAUCGUUGGAAAAUUCAGAGUCUGAUGCUGAAGAAAAUCAAGAAAAACUGGCUCGGGAUCUCCGCCUAUCAAGUACUCGGGCAGCUUCUAUGCCUGAAUUACUGGAACAGCUUUGGAAAGCCAGAGCUGAGAAAAAGAAACUACGUAAAACAUUGCGGGAAUUUGAAGAAGCAUUUUAUCAACAAAAUGGAAGGAAUGCCCAGAAAGAGGACCGCGUCCCGGUGCUGGAGGAAUAUAAAGAGUACAAGAAAAUUAAGGCCAAGCUUAGACUUCUGGAAGUUCUUAUCAGCAAACAAGACUCUUCAAAGUCCAUAUAAAAUAUGUCCCCUGAAAAUGGACAUCAUAAAGUCAGUUGUGUUCUAUGAAGGUUCAUCAUGUGUACUUGGCUCGCACUUGAGUUCACUGUCAGGCACUCAGAAUCCACCCCCUUUGCACUUGUCUGUGGUUCAGUAGGGAAAGGAAGGCUGCUCCACAUUACCGCAGACUCCUCUCCACACUUAGCAAAUAUGCAGAUCCCUCACUGUUUACUAUAGGUACAGCUAUUAGCAAAAGACAAGAAUUUUAUUCUUUUCACUUCAAGAACUUUGGAAAUACAAAGCUUUUCUUGUUUACAGAUUUGUUUUUUUAUUUUUCAUUACUGAAGAAAAUUGAGAGGAAAAUCUUGACACUGAAUUCUUCGGUUGCCUUUUUCUUACAGAAUGACUGAAAAUUUAAAAGAAAAGCCUAUAAACGUGACAUAUGCAACUGUAUUCUGUUUUUCCUAGAAAACCAAACUGAAUUUUGAAAUCUUAGUGUGGAACACCUUUCUGUGUAAUUCCCAGAGUGACAGCUGCACAGAUAGGUACUUAGCCAGAGUUUGCAAAUCCGUGGUCUCACCUGAACGAAGAUAACGUGGGUAGACCACAGAGCAGCCUUGCUUAGUCAUUUGAAACAUUGCACACAUCCCUCAGAGCUGAAUCACAUCACAUGCUGCCUACAGGACUUCAGUUACUGUCUACUAGCAAUGAUGUGACUUGUCUGGAUCAGAUCCUGCGCUGUCCCCCCACCCAUCUCCAGAUAAUGUGAGAAAAUAGCCGUGCCAGUAUGGAGGGACUUGGAUGGUGCUCAGGUUUGUGUAUUUUAUCACAUGGGCCUCACUUGGCACAAGAAUGAUCACACCUAAGUAAUUGUGUUCUUUACAAGGGCUAUACCACUGCAGCUGUACAGUCCAUUCAGGGGCUGCAUCUCCCUCUAAAGUGACCCCUCCCCCAGCCGCUUACAGGAUGUGUAGUGGUAUGCCCCUUGUCACAGACUCUCAGCAUCUCUCUUCCUUUGGCUUUGCAUGGCUUUUCUUCAGGUACUCUGCUAAUCAUUUUUAUGGAAUAGUAACUUGUGUUAAUAAAACAGAUGUGGGUCAGGCUUUAUCUGAGUGGAUCAUAUCUCCCACCCCCGUCCCUGGUGCUUUUUUGAAUUGAUAAAUGUUUCACUUUGCCCAUGCUUUGCAUGUAAUGACUCAUGCAUGAUUUUCUUAAUAUUAAUAGUUUGUUUCAUACAAAUGGAAUUUCACAACAUCUUUAAUAAGGUGAGGAAAGCAUGAACCUCGAACUUCUGGCACUAUUACCCAGUAAGAACAUGAGGUAGCUUGCUAAUAAAUAGUGUCUCUAGUACUUCCCAUCUCACUCGUGUGUGCAAUGCCUUUUUCAGAGGAGAGGGAAACAUCCAGCGGUAGUGAGUGUAUAGUUGGAAGAUUUUUAAAAAGCACUAAAUCCAGCCUUGUUUGUGUGGUUCCUUUUGAUAUUGCUAGGUCAUUCAUAAUGUAAUUUUAGGAAAGUAAUUAAGAAUGCCAAAAAAAUGUAUCAUUUGAUUUGAGCCCAUCAUGUGGUGUACUUUUUUAGUUUCUUUUGGUCUCCAGACAGGAUUGCUACAUGUAAUUUUAUGUGCACUGUAUAUUUUUAUGAAUGUUUUAUUUUGUAUACCACAUGCAAAAAUGUCCAUGUGCACUAUUUAAAUGUUAAAUAAUAUAUUCCUUCUCUAUAAUGCUAAAUCUAUUUGAGUACAAUAUUUUUAUAAGUCUGUGGCCUGACUGGUUUCACUGAGUUGCGCUGCGUCAUGGUUUGGUCAUUAGUGGUAGUUGGGCUGAGUAGUGAGGAGACGGCACUCUUCCUGUGCUGUCGCUGACUUGAGCUAGGCACCUGCGAGAGUUUUACUUUGGUACAAAUAAAAAUUAUAUCUAUAUAGAAAUAUUAUAUAGAUAUAUAUAUAUAUGUUCACCAGUAUAAUUACAUUGCUGUGUUUGUUUGGCACUUCAUUGUACAGACUUUUGUAAUAAAAGGACUUUAAUGUUCUAA